AUGGACCGAAGCGAUACAGAGUGGGAUCUCGAUAGCGACGAGAUCGCCUCUGUCGCGUCCCAGGACCUUCACGAAAGCAGGCCGAACCGCUGGACAGGCCCUCGACGAGAGUGGCAGCGCUUCACCGUAGAGGAGCGACGGCUCUGGCAGUCGAUGGAGGCGGUGGAGGGUCAAGAUCUGGCGAUUCACCUGUACAAUGCGCAUGCGCUGAAGAAGCGCGGAAAGGACCCCCAAACGGCGCAAGACGUCACCGUUGCCACGGAAGACGGGCAGCAGCGCAUAUGGACGCCUCCUAGAGUCUGGACGGCGUGGCCGUUGAACGAAGGGCGCGUUCCGAAGCAGAGGGUCGUUCAGAGAGAUCACGAUGAGUUCGACAGAUUCACUUUUCGCAAGGCGGAGCGGCACAUGCCCAGCUCGGAGUUGCACGAGGAGUUGGGAGCGACGAUUUUGCGGUUUGCUGGCGAGCGGUUUCGCAAGAGCCUGGAGAAGAGCAAGCGGAAAACCGUGCUCACGUCAAUCGAGGGAGAUGCGGCGCCUCAGCAUCAUGGCGAAGAAGGGUCAAGAGAGGAUGAAGCCACGUCAAGUUUACCAGGUUCACCAUCGCCGUCACGGGGUUCUAACCUCGAAGACGUGAAGAUGAGAAUGUAUUCUGAGGAAGACGAAUAUGAACCCGUGGACUCGAAACAAAAAAGGAAACCCGAUGAGGCAAAGGAACCCGUAAUGUCUUCCAACGACGAUCUAUCCUACGAGAUUCUCAGACCAUCUGUUCGACAUAUACUCUCACAGCUGGACUCGACGCUGCGUAUCCUUCACAACGCGCGCGUUGCCACCACCAACUACGCAUCCGACUCUUCGGCAACCUCAGACUCGGAAUCCGACCCCCCUUCCGGCCCCAAGCGCAAGCGUGGACGCCCUCGCAGCACUCAUCAUCUCACAGGCACGGACACCUCACCUCGCCCCGACGACGCCAGCGCCAAGCCCAAGGCCAGCAAACGAGGGCGCCCACGGAAAGUCCGCGUACCCAACGAGGGCGAAACGCACGAAGAGAUGCUCGUUCGAAUCGCGCGUGAAUCCCACAGAAGGCUCCCCGUGACGGCAAAGGAACGAGACGCGGCGUUUGAGGAAUGGCUUCGCCAGGGCGACGAGAGGCUGGCGCGCGAGGAGGCCCUCCUUAGAGAGGAGGAAGAGCUGGGCAUCGACCCGCAGGCGAGUGCGCAGGAGAGACGCCUCCGCAGGCUCGGCCUCCGCGACUGGAGCGACGUCGUGGGUGCGGCUGCGCUGGCUGGAUUCUCGCACCAGGUCAUUGCCCGGACGGCGAAGCGAUGCGCCAACCUGUUCGGAGAAGGAAUGGUGAUGCGGCGUCUGGACGAACUGCCGGCCUCGAGGGCACCGGCCUUUCACACGAUGGAGUAUCGGCCAGAGAAGAUUGAGCCGGGAGGCGAUUCCGAUGAUUCAGACAGCGAAGCAGACGUCGCGACCGCCCUCUCGUCUCGCCAGCCGUCGCUACUAGGCCGCCUCUCGAGCCGCGGCCGCAGUUCGUCUCGCGGCCGCGCCUCGCCUCACCCCUCGUCAUCCGCCUUUGGAACGACGACGCCCGCCGGCAAGCGCUCGCAAUCAAAGUCCCGAUCCCGUUCGCGCUCGCGGUCGUCGGCCGGCUUCCACUUGUGCCCGGUGCCGACGUGCGAGCGUUCCGCCACGGGCUUCACGCGACGGCAGAACCUGCGGCGGCACAUGCACCUCGUGCAUCCCGGGAGGGGAGACGACGACGAGGAGGAGUGGGACAGCGAGGACGAGGUGCUGGGGGCGGUGCAUGUGGAUGGCUUUCUGAAGCCGAUUGUCCCUGCGAGGGGGUGGAGA